AUGACGCUCAACGGCCCAGAUUUGACGGAUGAUGACCCCUUCCGAGCCUCGGCCCUACGAUACAUGGGCUACUGCAAUGAAGAGCCUACCCCCCCCCCUCUCUCUCACUCUCUCACUCUCUCACUCUCUCGCUCUCUCACACUCUCACUCUCUCACUCUCUCACUCUCUCACUCUCUCACUCUCUCACCUGCACUGCUGGUUUUGCCUGCGCCCUAGUUGGUGAAGCCUUUGCUCGAUUCAUUCCGCGCUGGGGCUAUCUUGGCAGCUAUGUAGCCAGCAUUGCCUAUGUGCUCGGCGAUGCCCAGCACAAGGGCUUCCACUUCUAUCACGUAGGCCCAGCUCUGCCCCACAGCCUUGAGGUCCCACCCGAACCGCCUGCUCACCACCCCGAUGCGAGCCCACAGCACGCGCAUCAGGAACACGUGCCUUACACCCCCGCUGUCGCGGCUACGGGUGCCGUGGUCGACACCACGCUUUGGCAGGGCCUUGCUUCAGUCGCGUUGCCUGGCUUGGCCAUCAAUCGCAUUGUUGCCGGCACCCGACUCUUGACCAAACGCGUUGCACACCCUGCUGGCGCAUGGAUCCCCACCAUUGUCGGCCUGGCCGCUAUUCCCCUUAUUAUCAAGCCCAUCGACACGCUCGUUGAUGAGGUGAUGGACCACGCCGUGCGUCCCCAGCUGCACAACGCCCUUAUGCACUUUUCUGCGAUCGAUGCGGCCGCAGCCACCACAAAGCCAGAGGCUAGCCAGCCUUCGCUGCCCAAGGCUUGA